AAGAAGAAGAAGAAGAAGAAGAAGAAGAAGAAGAAGAAGAAGAAGAAGAAGAAGAAGAAGAAGAAGAAGAAGAAGAAGAAGAUUAAAGAAACAGAAGAACUAUAGUGUGAAUGCUGUUGCACACCAUUCACACUAAUUAGGAGGACAAAAAAGGUGUAUUAUUAAUAAUAUAAACAGAUACAAUCUAGGAUCGAGCAUGAAUGUAUAAACACAAACGUCACUCUUCUUCCAAAGAGCAACUCACACACCCAGCCUUCAUCUCCACACUGCAGGAAUUUACAGCACUACUGGCCAGUCCAUUGUUGAGUGCAGGGGAGAGAAGGCUCUAAUGAUGUGUGGCUUAAAUGUAGUGGCCUCUUUAUACACCCCUCAAGGUUUGAGGGGAAUGGCACAGUCCAAUUAGCCAGGCACCUAUAUAUAGGCAGGUGGUGUUCAUCAGCUCAGCCUUUUGCCCGGAGCAAGCUCCUGUUUACUUUAACCUUCUGGCUGCUGGUGCGUCAGUCAGUGAAGGAAAACUUCAGCAGGAAGAGGAAAAUGACCACGCCACUUCAGGAGGUCACUACAGGAGAGGAGGGGUCCUCUAAUGAGUCGGUUCUGAAGGUUCUGGGAGGGAUGGUGAUGAGCUGUUACGCCAAAUACUGGAUCUACGUGUGUGGAGGGAUGUUCAUCAUGGUCUCCUUCGCUGGGAAACUUGUUGGAUAUAAAAUCAUCUACAUGCUGCUGUUCCUGCUCUGCCUGUGCCUCUACCAGGUGUACUACUCCCUGUGGAGGCGUCUGCUGAAGAUCUUCUGGUGGCUGGUGGUGGCAUACACCAUGCUGGUGCUGAUCUCCAUCUACACCUACCAGUUUGAAGACUUCCCCGGAUACUGGAGAAACUUCACCGGUUUCACAGAGGAACAGCUGGCAGCCGUUGGUCUGGAGACCUUCGCUCUCUCUGAGCUUUUCAGCAGUAUUCUGAUCCCUGGCUUCUUCCUGCUGGCCUGCAUCCUGCAGCUGCACUACUUCCACAAGCCCUUCAUGAGGAUCACCGACCUGGAGCACAUCACACCCAUACACAAGAAGAAGAGCGUGGAGAGGACUGAGCAGACUGACUUUGAAGAGGAGGAGCUGGUGACCAACAUGGAGGAGGAAUCUGAAGACGAAGUGGAGUUGACCCCCAGUAAGUGGGGUCUGGUGAUGGACAGGAUACUGGUUCUGUCCAGAAGGUUCUCUGACAACCUCACCAAAGUGCAAGUGUUCAUCUGGAGGCUCCUGGAGCUCCACAUCUUCAAGACGGUGGCCUUCUUCUCUGUGUGGGUGUCCCUGGAGGAGCCCUCGGUGAUGAACCUGGUCCUGGUGGUGCUCUGGUCCCUGGCCAUGCCCUUCUCUCGCUUCGGGCCCAUGGCCUCAUGUCUGUCCACAGCCUGGGUGUGUGUCAUCAUCAUGUGCAAGAUGCUGUACCAGCUCAGUGUGGUCAACCCAGCAGAGUACUCCAGUAACUGCAGCCUGCCUCUAUCAAAUGAAACCAACCUGCUGCCAGAGGAGAUGAUGAACUCCUCCCUGUAUAAAAACCCAGUGGAUCCAGCCAAAUGGUUUGGAAUCAGGAAAGAUGUGACUGUUCUGGGAUACAGCAAGAACCAUCUGAUAGUGCUGAUGUUGUUGGUGUUUGAGGCCACAGUGUAUCGUCACCAGGCCCAUCACUACCGUCAGCUCCAGCGCUCCCCCCCCAUCGUCCUCGCUCUGUUCCCCCCCGCUACCAGGGACACUCUGGACCAGGGCAUCCUCCCCUGCCUCAAGUACCUGAUCAACUACACCUUCUACAAGUUCGGAUUAGAGAUCUGCUUCCUGAUGACGGUGAAUGUGAUUGGCCAGCGGAUGAACUUCCUGGUGAUAAUCCACGGCUGCUGGUUGGUAGCCAUCUUGGUGAGGCGGCGGCGGGCAGCCAUGGCCAGGAUCUGGCCCAAAUACUGCCUCUUCCUGUCCAUCUUCAUGAUCUACCAGUACCUGCUGUGUGUGGGCAUCCCACCUGCCAUCUGUAUGGACUACCCGUGGAGGUGGAACACUCCAGUGCUGAUUAACUCAGCUCUCAUCAAAUGGAUCCAUCUGCCCGACUUCUACACCGUGCCCAACUCCAAAAACCUCAUAGCGGACUUUGUGCUGCUGGUGUGUGCGUCUCAGCAGUGGAAGGUGUUUGAGUGUGAGACCACGGAGGACUGGAUGGUUCUGGCCGGAGAGAACACCGACAACCCCGACCCCAUGGAGGGGCGACUGUUCAACCCCGCCCCCAACUUCAUCAACUGCAGGAGUUACCUGGACAUGGCAAAGGUGUUGGUGUUCCGCCACCUCUUAUGGUUCGUGCUGUCUGUGGUGUUCAUCACCGGGGCGACCAGGAUCUCUGUGUUCGGGCUGGGCUACCUUCUGGCCUGCUUCUUCUUCCUGCUGUUCGGGUCCCGGCUGCUGGUGAAGUCCUCCAGGACCCGCCUCACCCUAUGGGACUGUCUCAUCAUGUACAACGUGGCUGUCAUCAUUUCUAAAAACAUGCUAUCAAUCCUGGCGUGUGUGUUCGUGUUUGAGAUGCAGAAGAGCUUCUGUUGGGUGAUUCAACUCUUCAGCCUGGUGUGCACGGUCAAAGGAUACUAUGACCCAAAAGCAGUGAGUGAUGAGACGUGCAGCCUCCCGGUGGAGGAGGCGGGCGUCAUCUGGGACAGCAUCUGCUUCCUGUGCCUGCUGCUGCAGAGGAGGGUCUUCCUCAGUUUCUACUUCCUGCAUGUGACCGCAGAGCUGCAGGCCUCUGCCAAACAGGCCUUCAGGGGGUUCGAGCUCUUCAGAGCCAGCAUCGUGAAGAACAUCAAGUUCCACCAACAGGUUGAGAGGAAGUCUCUGUCACAGCUCAAGAGAUCGAUGCAGAGGAUUCGCUCCAAGCAGCAGAAGUACAAAGGUGGACACAAAACAAGUGAAGACUCUACUGAGAGUCACACUACUGAGGCCAAGAGAGGCAAGAGGGGUUCCAGGAAGAAGAAGUGGCACCAGCCGUGGAUGGACCAUGCUUCAGUGCUCCACUCAGGAGAGUACUACCUGUUUGAGUCAGACAGUGAGGAUGAAGAGGAGUCUGAAGAACAGAAGCCUCAGAAACAGACUGCCUCUCAGUUAGCGUACAAGGCGUGGGUGAGCAAUGUGAAGACCGCUCUGAGAGAACGGCAGAGAAACCAGAGACAGCUGAAAAGGAUCGAGAGGAAAGAGAAGGAGAGAGAAGGGAGAGUAGAUUCACAGCAGGAGGCUUUCACUGCCAUAGGUUGUGGAGACAGUGAUGUGUUUGAGGACCCUUGCCUUCAGGAGGAGGAGGAGCCAGAGGAACAGCAGUCUGGUCACGGGGAGAUGGUUCAGAGGAUCCUGGACAUCCUGCGCUUCCUAUUGGCCGUCGUUCUGGCCAUGGUGGACGGGCUGACUCAGUGGCUGAACCUGCUGACCAAACAGUACAGAGAGACAUCCACUGUCCUGUGCAACGAGCGCUACUUCAUCAUACACAAGAUACAGCAGCAUAACGCCACAGAAGACUCCACAGAGGAGCAGCUCUCUCAGGACAGUGAGAGUCCCACUCUGGAGACCUGCCUGGAUGAGAGCGAUCCAGACUUCCCCAGAUACAGCUGCCUGGAGGUGGACAGCAGGGCGGUGACGGGCCGCUCCACCCCCAGGCCCGGGCUCAACAGCUCUGGGGACCAGUUGACUCCAGACCCCCCCUCCAGCAACACGGAGCUGAUGCCAGUGGAGAGCAAACAACAGAACAGACACUCGAGAACAGCCAGCGAGCUGCUGGGAGACAGGCAGUUCUUCAUCGAGGAGCUGAAGCAGAGCAGGGACUUCUACCACACUCAGAGCCGCCUGCUGCAGCUGCUCUUCGCCCUCUACCACCUGCUGGCUGCCAACUCUGAGCUGGUCUGCUACCUCAUCAUCGUGAUGAACAACGGGGUCAGCGCCUCGGUCAUCUCCCUGGUCCUCCCCAUCAUGGUGUUCCUGUGGGCCAUGCUGUCUGUUCCCAGACCCACCAAGAGGUUCUGGAUGACUGCCAUAGUCUACACAGAGGUGAUGGUGGUGGUGAAGUACCUGUUCCAGUUUGGAUUCUUCCCGUGGAACAGUGUGUAUGAGAUGACUCUGAAUGAAGACAAGCCGUUCUUCCCUCCCUGCAUCCUGGGCCUGGAGAAGACCGACAACUACAUCAAAUACGAUCUGCUGCAGCUGCUGGCGCUGUUCUUCCACCGCUCCCUGCUCAUGCGGUACGGCCUGUGGGACCAUGAAGGCCCCCUGGAGGAGCAGAGCCCCUCACCAGAGAGCUGUAAGGAAGAAGGAAAAACGAGAGAAGGAGAUGAAGAUGGAAGGAGGAAGGAGGGGAGAGCAGAAGAGGAGGACAAGGAGGAGGGCCGAGUGAGCUCCACAUCCACCCUGGAGAACCUGGAGAUCACUGAGCUGGACCCAAGUGAGAAGGAUUCUGUGGACCUUGUAGAGCCCAGCACCAGCUCUGCUGCCCCCGCACAGCCUCCUGCAGCUGAGGCAGCCCCCAGAGAGGAGCCUACGUCUGGGCUGAACAUUGAGAAUCUUCCCAGCAGGCCUAGGGAGGAUAGGAUGGAGGGAGACAGUGAGCAGGGGAUAGAGGAAGUCCCAAAGAAAAGCAGCGGUCUCCGCUUCAGAAAUAAAUCUAAACAACCCAAGAAACAGAGCAGCAAAGAGGAGGCCACGGCUGAGAGUGCAGAUCCCUGUGAGGAACCAGUGAAGAAGAAGAAGAAGAAGCAGAAAGGCAGGAGGAGAGAGGAAGCCAGUCAGAAACUGCUGGCUGUGGGACACAAGAUAAAACAUGUCUGCAUCUCUGGGAUCCGGAGUGUAUACCGGCCGGCGCAGAGCUUCUUCGGGGGGAUCCUCCAUGCUGAGUACCGGACUGCCACAGAUGUCUAUGCAUUCAUGUUCCUGACUGAUGUCAUCGACUUCAUCAUCGUCAUCUUCGGCUUUUGGGCCUUUGGGAAACACAGUGCAGCGGCGGACAUAGCCUCCACCCUGUCGGAGGACCAGGUCCCCGAGGCCUUCCUGGUGAUGCUGCUCAUCCAGUUCAGCACCAUGAUCAUCGACAGAGCGCUGUACCUGCGCAAGGCUGUGUUAGGAAAACUCAUCUUCCAGGUGAUCCUUGUGUUUGGGAUCCACCUGUGGAUGUUCUUCAUCCUGCCUGCUGUCACUGAAAGGAAGUUCAAUCAGAACUUUGUGGCCCAGCUCUGGUACUUUGUCAAGUGUAUUUACUUCGGCCUGUCAGCCUAUCAGAUCCGCUGUGGAUACCCCACUCGUAUCUUAGGCAACUUCCUCACCAAGAAAUACAACCACCUCAACCUGUUCCUCUUCCAAGGGUUUCGUCUGGUUCCCUUCCUGGUGGAGCUGAGAGCAGUGAUGGACUGGGUUUGGACUGACACCACUCUGUCUCUGUCCAACUGGAUGUGUGUGGAGGACAUUUAUGCCAACAUCUUCAUCAUCAAAUGCAGCCGUGAGACAGAGAAGAAAUACCCACAGCCCAAAGGACAGAAGAAGAAGAAGAUGGUGAAAUAUGGCAUGGGUGGACUCAUCAUCUUCUUCCUGAUCUGCAUCAUCUGGUUCCCUCUACUCUUCAUCUCAUUGGUCAGAUCAGUGGUGGGUGUGGUCAGCCACCCCAUCGAUGUCACAGUGACCGUCAAGCUGGGAGGAUACGAGUCCCUGUUCACCAUGAGUGUGCAGCAGCAGUCCAUCCAGCCCUUCACAGAGGCUGAAUAUGACCAGAUGACCCAGACAUUUGGAGACAAUGCGGUGGCCAUGCAGUUCAUCACGCUCUACAGUUAUGAGGAUAUCGUGACGGCCAUGAUUGAAGGUAGUUCAGGAUCUGUGUGGAGGAUCAGCCCCCCCAGCAGACAGGAAGUCAUUAAAGAACUACUUGGAAGUCCAGUGGACCUAACACUACGUCUCGCCUGGACUUUCCAGAGGGACCUGGGUAAAGGAGGGACAGUGGAACACACGUUUUACAAACACUCUAUAGACCUGGAGCCUGGGAACCCAGUCAGAGCAGAGCUGGCCUCACUGCUGGUUGGAAACCGCACUGAGCCUGUGCAUGUUCCUCAUAUGUUCCCUAACUACAUCCGGGCCCCCAAUGGAGCUGAGGCCAAACCAGUCUCUCAACUUUUCAAAGGUAAUGAAGAUGGUUACCUGAACAUCACACUGUCCCUGAAGAGUGACAGGUCACUUAAUGGGAACCAGGAGUGGUGGGACAUUGCCAUUGCAGACUGUGCCCCCUCCCCAUGUGGAGUUCUACCCAUGGUCAUAUUCAAUGACAAAGUCAGCCCCCCCAGCCUGGGUUUCCUGGCUGGAUAUGGGAUCAUGGGUCUAUACGUGUCCGUGGUUUUAGUCAUUGGGAAGUUUGUGCGAGGCUUCUUCAGCGAGAUCUCACACUCCAUCAUGUUUGAGGAACUGCCCUGUGUGGAUCGCAUCCUGAAGCUCUGCACAGACAUCUUCCUGGUGCGUGAGACUGGAGAGCUGGAGCUAGAAGAGGAACUUUACUCCAAACUGAUCUUCCUUUAUCGAUCUCCAGAGACUAUGAUCAAAUGGACCAGGGACAUGUACAGUCGAGAGCAGGACAGAUACUGACUGAAUGAUCAUGUUUGGUUGUAAAAGAACACAUUGCAAAGACGUCCAGAGGACAACACAAGCAGGGCUUCUAGAGAACACUCGGUACCAGAGUGGACUUUGCCUUACAGCCACGGAGACACAUGAAAGGAGAUUUACACUAAUCAACAUCUUCUGCUGGACAUCUGUUGCAUCUUCUCUGCUGCCUGAGCAUUUUCAUCAAACCGCCUCACACUACAGACUAUUGAGAGUAAUGUCCCUCUGUGGGUGAGAUGGACAGCAACUGGAUGUCUGACCUGCAGGAUUGGAACAUACCGCCCCUGAAAGGCAAACUUAGCAGUCAAACUCGGCUGUGUCAAAGGGCAAAGGUCAAACAAGAGAGAAGUCAGACCUCUGUGUAUUGGAGCCAUGCAGGUUGAGUGACUGUGUGCUUGCAACUAAUUGUAGGUCGCACCAUCUGAAGUUACUGUAUGAGUAUGCCGAAGAAAAUGUUCUUUGCUGUCAAUCAAACUCACAAAUGUCUUUAAGAUCAUGAAUUAUUGUAAAGUGUUGUGUUUCCAGCAGCCAAGUUACAUUUAACAUCAUGAACCGAGGUUUGACCAAACAUGUCCGCCUUAAAGUGCCUUUUCAUGUUUCAAGAAGUAGCCAUAUUCUGAGUUUGGACUAUUUAUAAGCAGCUCUUUCAGUUCCCGGCCACCAUAGGCCAAACAAUGGAACAUAUGUGGCAUGAACACUUAACUUCCAAGCUAGAAAAUGUCUGUCACACAGACCUGGUGGUGUGACACCUUUUGAAGAAAUGUAUCUUCGUAGCCCUGAGAGCUCAAUGCAUUGUAAAUAAAACAUAUGCAAAUAGACAAAACACAAGCAAAAUAAAAAUGAAUGUUGAUAGCUGCAUAAAGAGAAAUGAAAACUGUUUCCAGGGGACACUUAAAAGUGAUGCACAAUGCUGGGAAAUAUAUUUGCCCUCAUGGUUUUUGUCUUAGGAAGUUAUUGAACUCCGGUUAAAAAACGAGCUAAGAUGUAGUUCGACUGUUUUGGCUUAUUCUUAAUCAUGUGAUUCAGUUCUCGUUGCAAUUGUCAUUCAAUUCAUCUGACAAAAUGCACACAUUUACCUGAAACAGGCUGACAUUAUAUUAGCUGUCUACAGUUAUUUUCACAAUUCAAGGAUGAAAAUAUAUUGCAAAUGGUUAAUUAAUGGUGUAAACUUACUCAUUGUACACAUCACUUAUUUAUUAGAAGGGAUACAUCCAGAUUGGACUUGCAGAAUAAAGUUUGUUAUUAGUAGUAU